AUGCGCUCCCAAUCGCUCCUCGUCGCCGCCCUGGCUGCUACCGUCUCUGCCCACGGCACGCUGAUGUCCGUCGAGGGCGCCAAUGGCGUCACCAUGCCCGGUCUCACCAUCGCUGAUGGAACUCCCCGUGACUGCUCCUCCAACGGCUGCGGCUCUCAGGCCGACACUGCCAUCAUCCGUGACCGCGAGAUCGCCUCCGGUGAGGUUGGCCCUCUUGGCCGCACUCAGGGCAACGGCCCCGUUGACGCCUCCGUGAUGGUCAACAACUUCAUGGGUGGUGCUGCCGCCCCCAAGAACAACGGCGCCGCAUCUGGCACCGGUGUCGAGGACAACAUCCCCAACAUGAAGCGCGCCGAGCUCUACGCUCGCCAGGGUCUCGCCGGCCUCUUCGGCGGCGGUGGCAAGAACAAGGGUAACAAGCAGAACGGUCCCCCCGAGGCCCGCGUCGCCGCCACUGCUGGUAUGGGUGCCUCCCAGGGCAUGCCCACCGCCGCCGACGACGGCACCAUCUCCAUGACCUUCCGCCAGAUCAACCAGGAUGGCGCCGGUCCCAUGACCGCCGAUGUCGACGGCACCUCCGGCGGCACCAAGGAGGAGGCGUUCCAGAGCGCUCAGGUCACCACUGACGUCCCGGGCCUCGGCGUCCAGGGUCUGUCCCUCGCCACCAACACCGAUUUCCCCAUCAAGGUCCAGAUGCCCGCUGGCAUGACCUGCGACGGCACUGUCGGCAUGGCCUCCAACGUCUGCGUCGUCCGUGUCCGCAACGGUGCUGGUGCCGGCCCCUUCGGUGGCUCUGCUGCCUUCACCCAGUCCGCCGCCGGCCGCAAGCGCGCCAUUGCCUACCGUCUCAAGAAGCGCAUGGAGCUCAACAACCGCGCAUAAGCGGCUUGUCCAGCGAUUCUUUGAUGAGGAUCUUCUCGGUGUGUCAAACCUGGGAGUUUGGAGGACCCGAUCGACGCUGCAGGAAGUCAGGGACUUCUGAGGCUUGGUGGAUUCCAGACUUGGGUAUAGAGCUUUUUGGAAACGACCGUUCUUUAUUUCCUACAUACUAUUUUUCUUAUUAGGUCGUCAUUUUUCCAUAGGCAAUUGACGCCGAUCGGAGUUUGAAAAACUUCUUCUACACUCUCGCUGUGAUGUGAUCCUAUGUGACAAGGUCAGCAAAGCAAACAUCAUAGUUCGUCAGCCUGACAGUCA